AUGUUCGAUGAGGAUUUGGCGAUGUGCUCGGUGGAGCUUUCAGCCACAGCCAAGGCUUACAAAUCUCAGCGGCCAAAGAGCUUUUACAACGACUUGCACGUUUCACCGAUCAUGGUACACCUGAUGAAUAUUUAGACUCAUGUAUGACCUUUUGUCCGCUUUUCUAGAUGCACUUGUCUUUCUCGCAAGGUGGGACUACGGCUGAAGCUCAAACAGCCUCGAUGCCGAUUCAAUCCGAAUUCGUAACUGUACUUCUACGAUCCGUCGGCGUCACUCUUACAGAGCUACAGGACGUCGUUUUCAAGUAAGUUUUAUUUUAUGACGUAAGUUUUAUUUUAUGUUUUCUUUGUUUUCAGACUAGCCUACUUUGAAAGGAAAAGCCAAUUCUACAGUCCAGACCAACUCACCUCCGAAAUGGUUUCACAUUACACAAAGCAGGCUAUCAAACAAGUUUCCAUAUUUGCAAAGUUGUCACUUGAGAUUUGAAUGUUCAGCUCUACGUGCUUGUGCUGGGCCUUGAUAUCAUUGGAAACCCUUAUGGACUCGUUCGAGAUUUGUCAGCCGGUGUGGAAGAUUUGUUCUAUCAGCCUUUUCAAGGUGCCAUCCAGGGUCCAGAGGUUUUCUAUCAUUUCUAUGAUUCAUGGAGAAUACCAGAGGAAAGAUCUCAAAAAAUGAUCUGCUCAUGUAUGCUUUGAAUUAUUCAGUGAAAGCUUUCGAAUUCAGGAGUUCGCGGCUGGAGUGGCUCUGGGUGUUCAGUCCAUGUUUGGACAUGCAGUGGGCGGGGCUGCCGGCGCGGUAGGACGCAUCACGGGUACCGUUGGAAAAGGCGUCGCUGCUCUCACCUUCGACGACGACUACGUCCGACGACGGCAGGAAGACCUGAACCGCAAGCCACAGACAUUUGGCGAAGGGAUGGCUAGAGGCAUCAAAGGCCUUGGAAUGGGUGUCGUCGGCGGUUUGACCGGCGUAGUGACGAAGCCGAUCGAAGGCGCCAAACAGGAGGGCGGCAUGGGAUUCGUCAAAGGAGUUGGAAAGGUAUUGGCGCGUUGAAAGUGUUUUCGGCAAAAUGGAAAUGAUCGAGAAGCGUUAGGAUUCUAACUUUUUGAUUUUUUUUUUUCAUUAUUUUUCGCUUGCUGACAGUGGUUUCUAUUCGCCGAAAUCUCUUUGAGCAUGGAAAUUUGUUCAAAUCAGUAAGAAAGCUUCUGUUGAAGAAUUUGAGAAUUUUUUUCAAGUAGUAAGAAUUUCUGCCAUCGAAAAACUUCAAACUUCCAUAUUUUUGGCCAUAGAAUGUAGUGUGAACUAGAAAAAAAAAGUGUGUCAAAGUCUGAAUCUACUGUUUUUUUUUUGUUCAUUUUCUCAAGGAUCAUUUCAUUAAUUCUCCAAAUAUUUGCUCGAGCCAGUCUUGAGUCUAAGCUCAAAAAUAUAACUCAAUUUCUCAUUUCGUUGAGGGCAACCUAGUGAAACCAAAAGAAAAGACACCUUACUCUUUCCAUUUUUGGUAAAACGAAGUUAAGGGCUUGAUUGGUGUGGUCACUCGUCCAGUUUCGGGCGUUGUCGACUUCGCCAGCGGAACUCUGAACUCUGUACGAGCAGUGGCUGGCACAAAUCGCGAGUCUGGUCCUCUGCGGCCUCCAAGAGUAAUCAGAAGUGACAAGAUCAUCAAGCCGUAUGCCAAAGGAGAAGCGUUAGGAUUCAAAGUUUACAAGGUAACUGCAACCGAGUCAAUAGCUUUAUUCAAUCAAGUAUCAUCAAAACUUUGACUCACGAGAAGCUCAAAACUGAAUCACAGUCUCUGACAACAUUUCGAGUUCUUCCUGUAUUUCGUCCCAGUUCCUUUUCAGUAUCACAAGUUUAGUCAAUUUUAAUAUCAGUUGAAGCUGCAUAAACAUUUAGGCGACUCCGGUUCUUGUUUUCACCUCUCUUAAAAUAGACAUUUCGAAUCGAUGUGAUUUCAAGAAAUACUAAGAACUGCUAUUUUAGGUUAUUAAAAGUUCGUGUGAGAAAAUCCAAUUGCCCUUUUGCAUUCUUUUUUAAAGCGAUCGCCAUGUUUGAUAGAUGAAUCUUACUUUAACUUGAAGAAAAGUCUUUUUUGUGGGUUAUGUUCUGCAUGAUGUUGUAAAAACGUUCAAUUCAAGCUUCUCCCAUUCAGGACACCGACCGGGGAGCCAUCUCAGAUACGGAUGAGUUUAUCACGUUUGCGCCCAUCAGCGAAAGGAUGAUUCUUCUGGUGACUGAUCGUCAGCUGGUGCUGUCGAAACGGACGGAUGUGAUGGGCACGUGGUCCGUUGACUGGUCUACCGAAUACAACAAAAUUCGGCAGCCUGAAUUUGUUCCCGGCGGAUUCAAAAUCUUAUUCAAGGUUUAUUUUCAUCGGAAAAACAAUCAUCACAAAGAAACAUUUCCAGGAAAAGAAAAAGGGUUUCCUUGGAAUCGGCUCGAGCGAAGGCAAAAUCAUCACCUUCCAAAACCCCGAGGUUUCUUUUAUCUCAAAGAUAGCCUUAUAUUUUUCAUUUGUUACAGAAAAUCCAACAAAAAGUUCUCGAAGCGUAUAAGAACGCAACAGCGGCUUAG